AUGGAUGAUGAGUAUGGCGAUAUACAGGACUUUCAGGACAUCAUUGCGACCAGUGAAGCUAUAGAAAAUGCAGCCUCUGGGCCGUCAAGACAACAACAGCAGCAUCAGCAGCAGAGGCCAGAGCCAGCACCCAAGGCGAAGGUCCAGCAGCCCAAGCCGCAAGCUCUGCCAGCGCGUCGAGGGCCGUCGUCCAUCCUGGUCUCGUCAAGGCAGAAAGGGAACCCGAUACUGCAACAUAUACGACUAACGCCGUGGGAGUAUGCAGAUAUACCCGCAGACUACCUUGUAGGGAAUACAAGCUGCGCGCUCUUCCUCUCUCUGAAAUACCACCGGCUGCAUCCCGAGUACAUCUACACUCGAAUCAAGGCUCUGGGAGGAAAGUUCAGGCUACGGAUCCUGCUUACGGUAGUAGAUAUCCCGAACCACGAGGACAGCCUGAAGGAGCUGUCCAAGACGUGUCUGAUCAACAACCUAACCAUCAUCCUAUGCUGGUCCGCACCCGAGGCAGCACACUACCUGGAGCUGUUCAAGUCGAGCGAACACGCCCAGCCAACUGCCAUCCGGUCUCGCCAGGCACAAUCAUACAAGGAUAGCCUGGUUGAGUUUGUGACUGCCCCACGAAGUAUCAACAAGUCUGACGCGGCCAGCCUGAUGUCUACCUUUGGGUCGCUGCGGGAUGCGAUCAAUGCACAGCCAGAGCAGAUCAGUGCUGUACCGGGAUGGGGGGAGAGAAAGGUCAAGCAGUGGACGAACGCGGUGCAGGAAGAGUUCAAAACUGACAGGGCUCCUCGCAGUGCUCCAAGGGAGCCUCAACCCGAGACCCAAUCCCAGCCGCAGUUGCAGUCGCAGUUGCAGUCGCAGCCUCAGCCUGGCCAAAGUGACACCAGACGCAGUGCUGCAGACGACACUAGAGAGGCAGACGAGGCUGCCAUAGAGGCCUUGAGAGAAGUAGAGAGCCAGCCUGCCGCAGCCCCAGCACGAACAGGGGAGUCUUUCGAGGGCCUCAGCGAAGGGAUCCUCGCUGCCCUGUCCAAGUACCGCAAUGAAUAG